UCUCUCCGUUGCGGAGCAAAGGCAAAACCCAAGAAAGAAGCCAGACGAAGGCAAACCCUAGCCGCCGCGUACGCCGUCCUCCCCCAGAUCCGGCCCAUCCGUCGGUCCCAUGGCGCUGCGCGCUCUGGUCGGCAAGCUGAGGGUCCUCCCUGGGCGGGCGGGGGCCUCUCGCGCCUUCACCUCCAAGAUGGAUAAGCAAUGCAGCGAUACGUCUUCAGGGUUAGCAAGUUCUCUUGAAGAGAAGGUUCGAGCCAUCGUGGAAAGCAUGGAAGAACGCGUGCGGCUUGCUGAGCUAGAGUCUAAGAGGUACAGGAGGAAGAACUACAUCGUUGCAGCGCUGACUGCUUCUACUGGUGUUGGCUUUGUGGCAUACCUUGUGUCAUCUUUUGUUGAAGUUCUUGCAGAUGCCUAGGGGAUGGGAGCACUGCAGCAGUAAAUACUCCUAUCAAGUUUGACUAUCUCAGCCUAUAUAUUACUGGUGAUAUGUUGAAGCACUCUAUUUAUGGUGUAUUUUCCAAGCGUAUGCUAUGUCAAUUUGUGUGCGGUGUGUCGUGUUGGAUGUCAUGUUUUGAGAAAGCAAGUGAAAAGUAUCUAUUAUGUCUUGUGUUAGAUCGGUUAGAAUGAUUUGGAACUUUGGAAGUUAUGAUCACCAUUUGGAUGCUUUUUAAAAUUUUCUUACUGAGUCUAUAUGAAAGUAUGGUUGUGGUCAA